AUGGUGAUCCAGCGCGCCCAGGACUUCAAGAGCCAAGGGGCGCAGUGUUACAAGGACAAGAAAUUCCGCGAGGCCAUCGGCAAGUACCACCGCGCCCUUCUGGAGCUCAAGGGGCUGCCCGACCACCCCCGGACCCCCGGGACCCCCGCCACCCCCGCCCACCGCCAGGCCCAGAUCGUCGAAGCCAUAGAGGUCGACUGCUACAACAGCCUGGCAGCCUGCCUGCUCCAGGCUGAGUUGGUGAAUUAUGAGAGGGUCAAAGAUUACUGCCUCAAAGUCCUCAAGAAGGAAGGCGAGAACUUCAAGGCGCUCUAUCGGUCCGGAGUGGCUUUCUACCACCUUGGUGACUUCGACAAGGCCCUCCACUACUUGAAGGAAGCCAGGUACCGGCAGCCCACAGACACCAACGUCAUCCGGUACAUCCAGUUGACAGAAAUGAAGCUCAGCAGAUGUUCCCAGAGAGAGAAAGAAGCCUCCUAACAAGGAAUCCUCCUCUGUAGAACUCACAGUUGCCCUUGACAUCCCUGGGUCCCAGCAGCGGGGAGGGGAGCCAAAGGGAAGGGGGAUCAUCGCCCCGGGUUUGUCCUCCCUCUCCCACCACCCCUACUUCUCCCUCGUGUCCUUCAACUUCCCUCACUCUUCGUGUGCUCACCUUGCCAAAAGAGAGAGAGCAAGAGGUGGGAAGCUGGAAGCCAGCCAGUGGCCAGCCCAAGGGGCAAGUUGGGUGAUUGGAAAGUCCUGGAUUGGGGAGCCUGGGCCCCGGGGGCUGGAGGGGUCCUAUGACACACACACACCCCGAGCCCUAAAGACUUCUGGGUCUGUGAUGGCAGACCCCUGGGUAGGCCCGUUCUAUCAGGAAUGGCAGAAACGUGGGGCACGGGGAAGUUGAGGGCACCUUUGAGAAGGCCACAGAACCGGCCCCCCUCUCCUUCCCUCUCUUUGGCUCCCGCCCCUUCCCUCCCCUCACCCCCUGUUGCCCACAUCCUAAGCCUGCUGGUAGCCCACGUCCUCCAGCGCUCCGAAGCCCACCCUCCCCGCCGCUCCGUCCCUGUGAGCCUCAGCGUUGGUCGGGGGAGGGGGAAGGGGGGCUCGGUUGGGGGUGAGAACGUAAGUCACUCGGGAAGGGGUGGGGGGCCAAGGCAAAAAUGAUUUAUACAGACUGAAGAGGGUACAAAUUGGGGGCUCAUUAACUGCAAAUAAAAUCAGUAAAUAGGCAAUGGUCCCACAUUUUUUGUUGAAAUGAGCUUGAUCUGGGCAGGGAAUGUGUUUGUUUAUUGUUAUAGUGUACUCUCCCAAGCACUUAGGACAGUGUUUUGCACACAGU